AUGAAUAAAUUACAAAUAAUUCAAUAUCCUCAGAAAAUGGAACAAGAAGACGAAGAAAACAUUAAAAAUAGUCAAGAAAGCAGUAACUAUAUUUUAUUUUUUUUGAAAACUAUAUUGUGGCCAGUACUGAUAUUUAUAGUAUGUGUGUGGCAGAUACUGGAUAGACAAUCAAUCCAAGAACGCAUAUUCAUAAUACCUAUCAUGACUCUAUUAAUUUUAAUUGCUGUGUCUGAAAUUUAUAGCAACUUUGUUAGUAAAGAUUGGAUAUGCAUAUGCAUGAAUGUUGUCGCAAUCAUCUGGUACGCAUAUCUAAUUUUCAAAUUUAUAUCUAACAAACUGGUUAGUAAUCCUGAUGAUACAGAUCUCUCAUUUCUUUUGAUUUUAUUUGAAAAUUUGAUCCGCUUGAUGGUUUCAAACAUGCAAUUUACCAAUAGGUUUCGAUUCAUUACGUAUAUCACUGUUGUAACUAUAUACGGCCGUUUAAUCCUUAUGAUCGUUAGAUAUAUUCCUAAAGCUCUAGAAGAAGAAAGAAGCGACUCCAAUCCUAAAACAUCGAGAAUGAGCUAA